CUCGAUGCUACUCCUCAAUUCACAAUUCGGACAUUUCGAAUUUGAAAAGGCUCAUUCAGCGUCAAAGUGAAAACAGAUGUUCUCAGCAGAAAAAAUCGAUUCCUUACGCGCAGACAGGAUCGCGAGCGGUGCGACUCCAAACAAUCAGCGCAAGAGAACUAGUGAAGCUACUUGCUAAGGCGAACAGGUUUAGGUAUCAAGAGACGGACAUCGUCGACGACGAAAGUGGUGCCCGUCCUGUCCAGGGAGGCAAUGCAAAUUCACGAUCGAAGCCCGACGCAAUCGGAACCCAAAGGGACCGGGUGCGACUGCUGGCCAGUGUCGCCCUCACUCCACAGCUUUAUCUCAACCACUCUCCCUCGAAAAACCUCGAACCCAAAUCGUAUGAACACAGCCCCAGUCCUGCGAGGCGAGCCUCUCUCGGCAAACACACAUCUCAAUGCCCAAGGGCCGGCUCCUUCCGGGAAGGAAGGUGGCUAUAGCAUUCAGAGCAUAUAGGGUGUUACGGGUAUACAAGAUAAGGCAUUAACAGCUACAGGGACUACUGGGAAACAGGACAAAGGGAGUGCUCAAGGACCGGAUCCGGACCGCGGGUCACAGCUCCUAUUGCGAGGUCUCGCAGUGUCUUAAAGAGAACGUGGGCACAAGACAUGGAAGGCAGGGUGCAGAGCCAACGUCCUAGAAAGCUAGUUCGGGCGUCGGCUGGAAAGUCAUCUCUAUCGAUUUCUGCCCAGCCUCUCGAGCUUAUAGUCAUCUCUGUCGAUUUCUGC